UAUACAUACUUCCUGCUCCUGCUUAUUGCCAUCGCUUCCUUCCUUCCUUGGAUCACUCGCCACCUCCUCCUCCUCCCCGUUUCAACGCCUCCUCCUCCUAGCUCCUUUCUUUUCUUGCUCCGGCUGGUCGCAGCGAUCUGUCGAUGGACGCGUUGCCGGGCUUGGCAGACGUGCCCGGAGCCGCGCCGCCGCCGUACGCCAGCAAGUCGGCCGCGUUCCCCAUCGCCAUCGUCAUCGCCAUCGGCUUCAUGGUCACCUCGCUCAUCCUCGUCACCUACUACCUCCUCGUCGUCCGCUGCUGGCUCCGCGCCGGCGCCAACGGGCCAGGGGGCUCCCGCCUGCGCCGCCGCGACGGCGACGUCAUGGACCGCGUCUCCGCCGUCUUCUUCACCGACGGCCUCGGCGCCGACGACCCGCCGCGCGGGGUCGACGCCGACGUCGUCGCCGCGCUCCCCGUCGUCAAGUACCGCCGCCGGCGCCGGGCGGCCUCGUCCGCCGCGCUCGAGUGCGCCGUCUGCCUCUCCGAGUUCGUCGAGCGGGAGCCGCUCAAGAUGCUGCCCGCCUGCUCCCACGCCUUCCACAUCGACUGCAUCGACACAUGGCUCUUCCACAACGUCAGCUGCCCGCUCUGCCGCACCGUCGUCACCGCCGCGCCCGCCACUACCCGCGACCAAGAGCUCGCCACCGGCGACAGGCGCAUAUCUAGACUCGCGGGGGGCUCCUGCCGGUUCCCCAAGCACGGCGACGUGCAGGAGCCCAUCAGGCGGUCCUUGUCCAUGGACUUCCUCCCGGGCCAUCGCGGACGGAAGCCGCCGCAGAAGGAGGCCGUGUUGCCGAGCCAUGCCGACGUGGCCGGCACCAGCAGCAGCGUCGCCAACACCCCAGGCGUCGGCGAGACGAGCGGGCGCUUCCGGCGGCUCAUGUCGUCGUUCGGGCUCGGCCGGAGCUCGCGGAGCACGGUGCUGCCCAUCGACCACCUCGACCCAUGAUGAUAUGCUUGCUCGCCCAAUCUAGUUGUUGUUGAGGAUGAAUUAGCGUCAGUGUUCAUGCAAUGUACAGCUCGUAGGAGACUUUAGCUAGCUUUUGGACAAAUUAAUCCGGCCAUUGCAUUGAUUUCAUCUCUUGUGAUCUCGAAUCUUCAUGUGUCAAUCUUUGCGUGCAUGCAUACGGGCAUUUCGGAUCA